AUGGUUCGAUCGGACUGGACGCCGCCGGUGGUGUACUCGAAGCAGUACUCUGGCCAAAUAACUUUCACGGUGGUCGAGGUGAACGUUGGCCGUUGUCCCGGCAAGGCGGCCGUGAUGCCGGCAAAACGCGCGGCCCGGCAAACGUCCACCGAAGGAGGCAGCGGCGGCAAAAGCAAAAGCAAAAAUCCGUGCUGGCGGCCGCGCGUCGAGGGCGCGUUCCCGUGCAGGCCGAACGGUGGCAACAUCAUGUACGAUCAGCGGAUCCACCGGGGCUCCAACUUCCGGUCAGUGGUGACGGUAGAGCCGCCGCCGCGGCCUAAGCGCGCCGCCAAGCCGUUCGAUUGUGGAGGCGGCGACGGCGGCGGAGGGGCGCGAAAAAAGGGCUCCAGGGCCAAGGAAGUGGACAAGACGCAGCCGGUUCCGGGGCGGGCGCACGCGGACACACAGUUCGAACCGUUUCCGGCGGAACUACUGGACGUGCGGUCGUACAAAAAGGACGGCACGCAGACAGACUUCCUGAGAGAGUGCACGCCGCCACUGCCGGUGGAACAGCUGCUGGCGCUGGGGCCGGUGUCGACGGGCGUUGACGUCAGCACGCAGGUGGCCGUCUGCGACCUAGACGAGUUCGAAGCAGAAGCGUUCCCAACGUGCGAAAUGCUGGUGGCCAAAACGGUGCAGUUGUCGGUCACCGAAGUGUUGUACGAGGACGAGAUGGUGCAAUUGCGCCGCAAACAGCAGGCCGCCGAAAUGCGGCAGCUGACGGAACGGCUGCGGUUCGACUGGGAAGAGGACUGUGAGGCGAAGCGCCGAGCCGUGGCGGCCAAGACGCUGGACCGGCUUGAACGGGCGGUGGCCGCGGAGAAACUGACCCAAAAGACGGUGGGCGCGCAGGCCGUGGCCGACUGGUACGCGGGUGGCCUUUGCGACAACGCGGUCGGACAGCUGCAAUCCGACAAAUACUUCAGGGGACCCGACCUUCUGUCCGAUUGGGUGUUGGACCAGCUGGCCAAGGACAGCCAACGGCGCGCCGACAACGAGGUCGACCUCAGGAACAUGGUCAACGACGUGCUCGUCAACCGGGACAAACUGCACGGCCAAACGGCAGUCGGCACGGGCCGCGGGCCUUGCGACAACGAGGGCUCGCCGUCACCGCAGUAA